AUGGAUUCUCAAAGUGUGGAUAAUAUGAGCCCUCGUGUAGCCUUAUCCCUUGGCUAUCUGGGCAACACGCCCGCGUGGACCUCCAUCGCCGACACCCGCAUGUGCUAUUUUCUCUAUGUGCCGCAGAACUACCAUGCACUCAAACGCCUCCAACUGAUUGUCCUCAUCCAUUCAAGUUACCGAACAGCCUCUGAGCUACGGACCCAUUUUGCCGAAUUCGCUGAAAAGUACUCAUGUCUUGUCCUUGCACCCCUCUUCCCAGUUCGGCCGGACGAUCCCAAAGACUGCAGGGGCUAUAAAAAGCUCAAAGAUGGAGAUAUACGAUAUGACAAGAUUGUUCUUUCAAUGGCUGAAGAAGUCCAAGCGCGAUAUAAAAAAGUGGACAUUGACCGAUUCUUAAUGUUUGGCUUCAGUGGCGGUGGUCAGUUCGUGCAUCGUUUUGCAUACCUGCAUCCGCAGCGCUUAAGAGCGAUUGCAUGCUGCGCUCCAGGCUCACAAACAUUACCUGAUGAGACACGAUCAUUCCCAGAGGGAGUGAAGGAUCUCCAAGAGGUCUUUGGCAUUUCAAUCCAGUGGGAGGUGCUGCGAAGGGUCCCGGCAAUGUUUAUCGUGGGAGGUGACGAUACCGAUACAUUUUAUGUGACGGCUCGCGGGAGAACUCUAGACCCUGAGGUUCAGAACGGCCGAGUGGGGGCCACAGUCCGGCUUGAGAAGUACUGGCGGGAGGCGGGUGCUCAAUCCCACCUGCUUGUCGUUCCUGGAGUCUCGCACCAGGAAGAUCAACUGCUAGGGCAUGUGAUGUUGUUUUUCCAAAGAUGUCUGGAAGACCGUCACGAAGAUGCGGAACUCAAAUAG